AUGUCAGCAACCGAAGGCUCAGUCCCUCAUAGCCGGAUGGGAAAGGGGAACAAGCUCUGGUGCGACCGGUGCGAUCGGACCUACGAGCGGUCGGACCAUUUUCUCCGCCAUCUGCAGUCACAUGAUGACCUGCGACAUUACCAGUGCUCGGACUGCAAUAAAGCGUUCAAUCGAGGAGACCUCUUAUACCGGCAUAAACGCAUCCACGAAGGGAAGCACGAUGGUCGUCUGGCGGCCGCCCGGGUGAGCCGCGCCUGCCAAGCAUGUGUGCAGAGCAAGACCAAAUGCAGGGAUAAAAAGCCGUGUGAACGGUGCAUCAGCCGGAAGAUCCCCUGUUUGCCUUCGGGGAAGCGACCGCCGCGGAUGGCGACAGGUUCGCGAGAAGAGGAGACCGGAGACCCCAGGGAUGCCUCCACCUCUACUCCGUCGUCGAUGGGCACGCCCCAGACGGACGAUGAGCCGCCACCUCCGCCCACCCCUGAAAGUGAGGAUUGCAUUCCACCGUUGGUACCAGCCAGCAUGACUACGGAAGGGCAUGAUCGAGGCGAUGCGAUCUUUACGGGGUCCGACGCAGGGAUCGUGCACGGUUCCCCGCCGCCGGAUGUCGAUGUUGCGAUGGGAUUCCGAGACCCGUUUCCGCCCCCUUUCCCAGGCUCGCUGGGGGGAAACUCCUUUCCCGAGUCCUUUCUUCCGCAAGUCGACUGCACGGAGCUCGAUGGGAUCGAUUUGGACUGGGCAUCGCUCCAGAUGUUGAUGCAGCCCCUCCCCCUCAUGACGCUGCCGGAGGAGCCUCAGCUUCUGGAACCAGCAGCAGCAGAAGGCGGCCACUACUCCAGCCCGGCAAGUUCGCGGUUCGAGUCUUUUGAGCGCUCACCCUGGCUAUGGACCCCACACAAGUCCGACAACGCCUACGCAGGGCAGCAAGAUCUGCGAGUGAGUGACGGGGCUGUCAACACUCUCCUGCAGCGAGCUAGACAGUCGGGUAGUGCGAAUGCCGAUAAUGGUCCUUCUCAUGAUUCUCAGUGCCACCCUCACCAUCCCCUGACGGCGGGUCUGGUGACUGCGGGCAGCCGCGACCGCAUCCUUCUUAUGAUCCAUGUGACCUCUUCCAGCGGCCCUACACCGCUGCUAUCAUUUCCCUCGGAAGUGUUCCUGGAACACCUCGUGCAGAUCUAUUUCCGAAGACAGAUCAGCGACGUUACCGCGUGGAUCCAUGGGCCCUCGUUUUCUCCGAUCGAGACGACUCCGGAACUCCUCGCCACGAUUAUCGCGGCGGGGGCCUCCUAUACGCAGAUCUCCCCAAUCCGUCGCAUGGGCUAUGCCUUGCAGGAACGAGCAAGACUGUCUUUGUCAGCUGCGAUUGAGAAAGAUAAUAGCCAAGUCCGACAGCUGGAGACUAUCCAAGCCUAUCUCCUGUGGGUGUCGAUGGGACUGUGGAGUGGCUUCAAGCGCAACAUGGAAGUCGCUGAGAGCUUUCUUCAUGCCCCAAUCACGAUGCUUCAUCGACAUGGAUGUUUUUCGCGAUCGCGGUAUAGACCACCGGCCAUGCCAACCGAGGGUGAUGGAGAAGACGCGCUGGACCAACAGUGGCGAGCGUGGAUCACGGAGGAGUCAUUCAAGCGUGCCACCCUGUUCGCCUUCAUCACGGACAUGCGGUGCUCGAUGGCGUACCUCCGCCCGCCGGCGACCUCCUUCAGCGAGUUGGUGUGUCCCCUGCCUGCGUCACGGGAACUCUGGCACGCUCCCUCAGCCACCAUGUGGAAGUCCCGAUACCACCAACUAAUGCAACUUCCAUCGCAGGAUCCUGGCUGCUGUCCGAGCUGGCUUGAGAUCAGUCUCAAUCCUCAACUUCUGGGCCGUCUUCCUGUCUAUUAUGACAAGGAUUUGAUUGCGCUGGUGGUCGUGCACGGCAUGUGGCCGCAGAUAUGGUCGUACCAGGAGUCAGUCCGGUUCUUCUGGCCAACGGGCCGUGAGUAUGACAGUGCUGAGCACGAUAGUGGUCGAGCGGCUCCCACAGCUGCCACGACGACGCUGUGGCUGCAUUGUCAGUCUGCCGAGCUGACGCAGCGCAUCCAGAAUGCAGCGGCCCAGUUGUCAGCCCACUGCACCAGCGGGAGCGGCAGCCACAUCCCCGGUUACAACCCCAACGAUAACACACCCAAUCUCGCCAGUCAGGGUUUGCCGGUGCAGGCACAUAUGCAGGUGCAAGUGCAAAUCCAGCUCGUUGCGCACUUCUGUCUCAUGGCGCUAGCCGUUUCCCCGCGCGAGACGCAGCAAUUUGCCGGCCGACGGGGCGAGGCUGAGGCAGCAGCUUCAAUCACCCCUCUGUUCUCGCAGUAUAUGAUGCAGCGACCAGAGCUACAAACAGGCGUCUGGCAGGCGGGACAGAUCUUACGGUGCGCGCGCAUAUUGGCGGAUACCACGCCACACCUGUUGCGCGGCUUCUGGGCCGUCCCGGUUUAUCAAGCGAGCCUGACCCUAUGGACGUACGGGCUGAUGAUGAUGGUGCGCGGAACGAAUCCGAUCUUCGGAUCGGGCGGGUUUUCCCACAGCCAGCCACUCAUCUUCCUAGAUAGUGUGGAAUCUCCUGCCUCCUCAGCUUUUGUACGUCUAGGUACCGGAGUUCCAGGGAUUCGGGGAGAUGUUGCAGCUGUAAUGGUGGCGGAGAACGAGAGAGUAGAGCAGGAGAAGGACGUAGUAGGACAGUUUAUUCCCAUCACGGAUGUCAGGGCGGUCAUGGAGGCGGUGUGUGCGGUGUUAUAUCGUCAGGAUCAAGAGACUGGAACGGACAAUCCGCCCCCUUUGCUGGAGGGUUUGAGGAAUCUCAUGCGCGAUCUGGGGAACUUGAAUGUUGAAUCGGUGCUCUCGGGUCUACAGGUUACAAGUUAA